CAGGAACCAAUUCCUUGAGGGGCCAUCUCGGAGCCUUCCCCGGCUUUUCCUCCUGUCGCAGGGAGAAGUGCCCCUGCCCAAGUGGAAUAAAUUGGUACAGACCAUUAGCAGGUCCUCCUCUGGCAGGGGGAGGCUGUCGGCACCGCUCUGGAUACAAAGCAGCCAGCCACGCUCCGGAUCCUUCCUCCCGCAUCCCGUUGGCCUCUUCCUCCUCCUCCUCCUCCUCUCCUCCUCCCUGUUUGCCCGCUCCCUCCCUCUCUCACUCUCUUUCUUUCCCUCAACGCCACGCUGCAGAAGGCAGACCUGGGAGCCAGAGGUCCACGGAGGCAGAGGAGGAGGAGGAGGAGGAAGGAGCUCUCCAAGGCUGUUUCUGUGCGAGUGAAACGGGGAGGCAGAGAGGCGAUGAAGGAGUGUCUCGGUUGCUGCCUGGAUUAAGAAAGAAUACAUUAAAAAAACCAACAACCCAGAACCAAAAAACCAGCAAACCACAAAACCGGACCCAACAAACGACGAAAAAGGGAGGAGAGAAGGAGGAGGAGGAGGAGGAGGUUGCUGGGGGAGCCCACUCCGAUGGGUGAGCAGCCGCUUUGAAUCGUGCCUCUGUUCCCAGGGAUUAAAGCAUGAAUGGGAGCAGCUUCCCAGCCACGAUGGAGAGAGAAGGCGGUUCAGGCUGUGGGAAUAAGGUUUCCUUCCAAAUGAUUCCCUGAAGUUCCUGCUGGCAGCUCCAGCAGUGCCCUGCAGAAGUGCCCUCCUGCUCCUGGUCUCAGCAGCCGAGGCCCCUCCAAACCUGCUUCUGCAAUGGGUGGGUUGUAAGCACUGGUAAUGAGGAGCUGUGGGUCCAGUCAGUCUUGGAGAUGCCGAAGAGACGAGACAUCCUGGCUAUCGUGCUGAUAGUUCUGCCCUGGACACUACUAAUCACCGUCUGGCACCAGAGCACCAUUGCUCCACUGCUUGCAGUGCACAAGGAUGAUGGUGGUGACUCCCAGCGUGAUCUCGCUGCAGGCUUGGACUCCAGGGAAUACUGCCUGUCGGACCGGGACAUUGUGGAGGUGGUGAGGACAGAGUAUGUUUACACGCGCCCACCCCCGUGGUCGGACACCCUGCCCACCAUCCACGUCGUCACCCCCACCUACAGCCGGCCCGUGCAGAAGGCCGAGCUCACCCGGCUGGCCAACACCCUCCUGCACGUGCCCAACCUGCACUGGAUCCUGGUGGAGGACUCCCAGCGCCGCACCCCCCUCAUCACCCGCCUGCUGCGGGACACGGGGCUCAACUACACCCACCUGAACGUGGAGACCCCCCGCAACUACAAACUGCGCGGGGACAUGAGGGACCCCCGCAUCCCCCGCGGCACCAUGCAGAGGAACCUCGCCCUGAGGUGGCUCAGAGAGACCUUUAACAAAAACAGCAGCCAGCCCGGGAUUGUUUACUUUGCUGAUGACGACAACACCUACAGCCUGGAGCUCUUUGAGGAGAUGCGCAGCACCAGGAAGGUGUCGGUGUGGCCGGUGGCCUUCGUGGGGGGCCUGCGCUACGAGUCCCCCAAGGUGAACUCGGCGGGGAAGGUCUACGGCUGGAAAACCGUGUUCGACCCCCACCGGCCCUUCGCCAUCGACAUGGCAGGCUUUGCUGUGAACCUCAGGCUGAUCCUGCAGCGAUCUCAGGCCUACUUCAAACUGAGAGGGGUCAAGGGGGGCUACCAGGAGAGCAGCCUGCUGCGGGAGCUGGUCACCCUCAACGACCUCGAGCCCAAGGCUGCCAAUUGCACUAAGAUUUUAGUCUGGCACACAAGGACAGAAAAGCCCGUGCUGGUGAACGAGGGGAAGAAAGGAUUCACAGAUCCCAAUGUGGAAAUCUGACUGUGCGUGGCUGAGCCGAGACCAACACCAGAAAAUUUCUUCAUGCACAGCCUGCAAGGUUCCUCUCCACAGCAUCCGACCGGCCAGCCAGGCAGGAGCCAGGACCUCUGCUGACUUCCAAGAGUUUUAGCGUACUGAAACCAAGCACCACUGCAUACAUAACCCCCCUGGAUCCCCCUGCCCUUCCUCCUGGACUUGGAGCACAGCCAGAUGCUCCGGAGGUGGAGAAAAAGCACAGAAAACCCAGGACUGAUGUGAGCUCCAGGACAGGAGCAGCUGCCUCGAGGGAUGCUCGGUUUGGGAGAAGUGCCCCAGGGCUCCCUGCACUGGAGCCUGGCCCAGCUGGAACGGGGGGCUGGACUGAGGGGCUGUUUGACAGGACCUGAAGGCCAGGGUGGGAAUGUCCACAGGAGUGUGUUGGCCCCAGUGAGUGGUUUUUCCUGAGACACACGAACCCCGUGUGUGACAUGAGCAGCUCUCUGUCCGUGGAGGGGACAGCUGCCUUCUGAGAUGGCACCUUAGCCCUUAAUUUUAAACCUACUUUAAUCAGUGUUUAUUACGCUGCACAAGACGGGGGGAGAGGGGGGAAAGCAAGGCAGGUUAGAACAAACCCAUAAGUAUCAAACAAACCCAUAAGUAUCACUGUUCUCUUUGUAUUCCCUCCCCUUUUCCUUCACUGGUUUCAUGGUUUGGAGGGCACUCUGACACAUAGGAAUCAUAGGAGGGUUUGAGCUGCAAAGGAACUUAAAGGUCAUCUGCUCAAACCCCUCUGCCAUGGACAGGGACACCUUCAACUAGACCAGGCUGCUCAGAGCCCUGUCCAACCUGAAUAUUCCCAGGGAUGGGGCAUUACCCACCUCUCUGGACAACCUGUGCCAGUGUUGCACCACCCUCACUGUAAAAAAUGUCUUCCUUAUAUCUAGUCUAUCCUCUUUUAGUUUAAAACCAUCACUCCUUGUCCAAUCCCUGCUAAAAAGUUUGUCCCCAUCUUUCUCACAAACCCCAGCUGAAGAGAUGCAACACUUGGGGGGCCUCACCAGAGUGGGAGAGAGGGGCACAAUCACUGAGCUGUUGAUCCUUACCAGUUCACCACCCUCCCUGGAUGAUGUUUACAGCACGUGGUUCUCUAUUCAUCCACACUAAAAUAAUUGCAAAUGGAGUUAAUGAGAUUGUUGGGGACCUAUACCAUAAUAUUCACCCAGCUCUUGGUUCUGUUUAGCCCUAAUUUGGUUCAUGUGAGCAUUAGGCGUGGCAUUCUCUGAAGGGUGCUCCCACAUAGAGGCAAAUUUCCACUCUCAAAAAAUAAAGUUAACUGCUUAAAACUAGGGACUGAAUGCUAAAAGGUGAUUUUAGUGCAUUUCCCAUUUGACUGGAAUGUAUCCUUCAGCCCCAGCCCCUUUUCCAUGCUCCUGCAGAGCUCCUGGUGUGAAAAGCCACGCUGGAGCAGCUCCCAGAGUCACCUUCUGAUGGAUAGAGCAGCACCCUUGGAAAGGGGAUCCUGUGCUUAGUGCUGUUUCUCCAGCACCUGGCUUGAGGGAAGGUCAAGGAAACCUUUAGUCACCUCUUCCCUGUCCUGUAACAUCAAAGGACCCAGGACAGAGUUGGUGGAAGGGUGUUCUCUGAUGAAAUCACGUUUUGCUUCUCAGUGACAGACACAGGACUGGGCAGAGGAGGGACCUGGGUGCUACUGCCUUGGGUGACUCUGUGUCUGCUGAGGAACAACCUGAGGUCAACAUGUCCCUUUACAAACCCCCAGACUUCCUCCCCCUUCACAGCUGUUGUCAAACCUUUGAUCACCCCCUGCUGUCCCAAUUGUUUCAAAAAAAAAAAAAAAAAAGGUCUGAAGCACAAUUUUACCUUUGAACUGAGGGAAAACAUAAUCCUGGAAACAGGCUUGGUUAUUUGUAGCCCUAAAACAGGUAGAACUGUUAAAAUGCUCUGGGUUUGAUUAUUGGCUUCACGGUGCAGAAGUCUCCCCUUGGACUAAUGACACUGUGUAUUUCCUGAUGUUUCAUAGGAAAAUAUUUUUUUUGUAAGUUAUUUUCUCCCUCUGUAUAUCAGAACCAUUGGGGAAAAGUUGCAUUCUUUAGUUCCCAGCCACAGAAGCCUUUACAAAAACGUUCCUAUAGAUGCAAUGGCUGAAGAAAGUGGAUAGAAAGUGUUGGAUGCUGCUGGGAACGGGGGUUGUUAUCCUGGAUUAAAAUAGUAGUUCUUUGCACUCAAGCAGAUUAAUCCUCUUGUUGUAUUGGCUUCCCAAGUUCCCUUCAGUCUGUAAACCCUACAGUGGAAAGAGACAUUUUUUCAAGGACUACCACGUUCUCAUACCAUUUAAACAGUUUCCAACUGAUGUCCUCUCCGAGCUGCACGUUUUGGUUCACUACUCUUAAUUCCAAUCCCUGCUGGGUGGAAACCUUCCCUCCUUGGAAGGAAAUAACUUUCAGAAAAUGCAAAGGAUGGAGUCCUGAGCACAGCCCUGCACAUUUGCUCUGGUCACACGAGCCUGGGCCCUUCCAGCUUUCCCAGAGGCUGCUGUGGCCCUUGGGAGCAGGGAUAGGGAUGUCCAGUAGGACCAGCUCUGGCCAGGAUGGGGUGUGUUACAGCUGCACUGUCUGUUCUCAGUUUUAAACAAACUGUAUUUAAAUUUGUUAAAUAAAAUGAUGGUUUCUAAGAGCCAGGAUACCCUGCAACUCCGUUACAGA